CAAACCACAACACAGAGGUGGAAGUCCAGAGUAAAUGUCCAGUGUAACUAUUGCUUUGCUGUUUUAAUCUUUAAAACUUGUAAUAAAUAGUGUUAAACGGACUGACAUCUACGGUUGUGUAUUAGAGUAUGAAUUUCUCUUUUGCUGGUUGUGGAUUUUUGGGAAUUUACCACGUCGGUGUCGCAAGCUGUCUCCGCCAACAUGCCCCUCACUUGAUCGAGAACUGUCAUUUUGCUGGCGCCAGUGCUGGUGCUAUGAUAGCAUGCUGCCUCAUAUGUGAUUGCUGUCUAGGUGACUGUACAACUUUCACACUACGCCUGGCUACCAAAGCGCGGUCAUUUUCCCUUGGACCGUUGCACCCUAGCUUCAAAAUUGCCAAAAUCCUUCGAGAAGCCCUGAGAGAAGUUUUGCCAGACAAUGCUCACGAGAUUGCCACUGGGAAGCUGCAUAUUUCCCUGACAAGAGUCAGUGACAGAAAAUGUGUGAUUGUUUCCCAGUACAACUCAAAGGAAGAACUCAUUCAGGCAUUGUUGUGCAGUGCCCAUGUGCCUCUCUACUCUGGACUGGUACCCCCUCUUUUUCAAGGAGUGCGAUAUGUAGAUGGCGGCCUCAGUGAUAACAUCCCAAUCCUCAACGACUCCACAGUGACUAUAUCACCAUUUUCUGGAGAGAGUGAUAUCUGUCCAAAGGACACUACCAUGAGUCCGACAUGUAUAUACCUGGCCAACACUAGUGUGCAGUGUACCAUGGACAACCUGUAUCGGAUUUCACGAGCACUCUUUCCCCCACAUCCAGAGAUCCUGUCUGAUAUGUGCCAGCAAGGCUUCGAUGACACGCUUAAAUACUUACAGAAUAACAACUUGUUGUCAUGUGUGCGUCACCUGAGUGUACGCAGCGUGAUCAGGCAGGUACAGGUACCCGUGGAGGAUGUGGAGCCCGAAGUGGUUGGUGCAGAGGGCAGGACCAGCCACGUGGGAGAGGAAGAAGAGGGGGGAUGUGAUGAACACACUUGCCAUGACUGCAAAAACAAACGACAAGUUGCCUUGGUUGACAAACUUCCUCACAAAGUUGGAUCAGCCCUGCAGGAGGCUAUAGAUGAGGUGAACAAAGGUCUGAAGGGCUAUGUGAACAGACACCGCUCCCUGCGGCUCCUCUCAAUCCUUGCAACACCCUGGGUCCUUCCAGUUGACAUGAGCUACACUUUUGCUGUCAGGUUCCUGGAGUAUCUUCCUCAUCUUCCAAGUGAUGUCCAGUCAAUGUACAGAGAGACAGCUGACUUGCUGAAAUAUCUUGUCACCAGUAUACGACACGAAAACCGCAGAUACACUGCCAGAUUUACCUGUCAUCUGGCAAUCACUGAGGUCAACUAUCAUCAGAUUGAGUCUGACAUCUGUCCAUCUUUCUCUCAAUCCGAUACUUCACAGCCUGCCCAUCCGAACAUCAGGAACCUCAACUUUGAGUUUGCAGUUGACCUGGACUCUGACACUGCACGUGAACCCACUGGCUCCCUAUUAAACUUACCACACUCUUCAAAUGUGCACCUUCUGUAUCCCCAACACAGACCACGCAGUGACAGUGCUGGUGCCAGGCUUGGCUCACCAAAUGUUCCAUUUAAGACUCAGCAGAAAAACUCUGGACUUGGCGAUGAGUUUUUUGACACUUUUGAGCAGUGCUUGCAUGUUACUAACCAAAUGGAGUCUGUUAUGGCGUACCAUUAUCGGGACGAGGGAAACAAAGACUGCUUCAAGUUUGAAGAAAUAUUCACAUUUGAGGAGAGUGACAUUAAACUGAAUUCUUGUUCUGAAGACAAUCAAAGUGCUAGUGCUACAACCAAACAAGCAUGUCGACCAAGAAGCAAUUCUGCAGGACAUCAUUUAAUCCCAUGUAAACCUCACUUGGAGUGUGACCUUGAGGAGUUUCUAGGUCAAAGGUCAGAUAUAGUGCUACAAGAGAUGGAAACACAGGAGUCUCACACUGAAUGAUGUAUUUUUUGAAACAGAUCUCAAGGGCAUUUUGUGAUAUCUGUUGUUAAAGAACAACAGUUUUGUGUAAAACAAAGUUUGCAAGUAAAAAUAAAUUAAUUGGUAAAUCAUUUUUCAAUUUUUUUUGGACUGCAAAUACAGAUAGUUGUAUGUUUUAAAGAAAUGAAGUUUUUUAUGUUGCUUGUAUACCACACUCUUACCUGAGAAUUUCUUAUCCAAUAUUUACUUUUUCCAGUUCAAAUUCAAUCCUUAAGAAGGUUGAUGACAGUGGUAAGGGGACAAAAUGUAUAGCUCAUUUGCUUUUAAUAAACAAGCCUAUUGUAUUCUUUAUUAAGCAGUAUUGUCAAAACUUGCAUUAAUUUCAGUAGGCAAUGCCAUGCAAUCAGGAUGCUUUUCUCAAAUUUGCAAGAAGAUGCAAUUUUGAUUUUAAGUAAUAUUUUACUCUUUUUAGCCUUAGUUUUAAAAGUGUAUUGAAUUUAUAUGAAAAUAUCUGCAUUCACUAUGGAACUUGCGACAUAUCAGAUUCAAACAAUUGCUAUGCUUUUUCUAUGCUUCUUGUACACCAAUCGAUCUGUAUUUUAACUAUUUUAUAUUUCUCAGAUAUGAAAAUAUUGUAGUAAAUUAAAUCAAGACCUAGAUUUAAGCUGCGGCAGCUGCCUCUUUGAUAAGCUUAAUGGUAUUGUUAAAAUGUAAACUAUUUAUUUAGUUGUUGAAAUAUCUUUCACUUCCAGUUCAUUGUAAAUUAUAUAACAUGGAUUUUAAUUGAUCAUUGAUAUAGAGCUCGUUCAAGUGCCUCAUGUGUUACAUUGCUUUCAAGGAUAUAAAGAACACAUGAUUUUUAGUCUCAGGGGUUUGUUUAUUCAUACUGUUGAAUUUAUUUAUUGCUUUCUGUUAAGAAUAGUCUUGAUUCUCACUCUAUGCUCGUUGUUUUGUUAAUGUCUGUAUUGUUUGUUUUGUUAGCUCAUUUGGUAUUUUAUUCAAAAUAAGUGGAAGUAUUGUCAUAACCUUGGUGUCACUGUCUUUAUGGAAAGACUUUGACCUUGACCAUAACUAAAAACCUAUUCUAGAUAUUUAAAUAAAACUUGGUAUGUUACAGAAACAAAGCACACAUGUAUAGCAGAGCCCUCUGGUGUUAGUAAUUGUUGAGUCAUGCCCCAUUUUCAACUGUAAAAUACUAGACAUGCUUCUCUGAUGACUUCACAGCGUUCUAGCUGUAUUUUAUUGUGAGAUCAAGUGAACAGUUGAAUUUUAAAUUUAUCAUUUAAGUUUAAAAAACAGCUCCUCAUGUUCAGUUAUAUAUUUUUAUAUGUAGAAUAGUUAUUCUAGACUGAUAUGUCAAACUUUUAUUUGGUGUUCAAUUUUUCCAAUUUUCUUUCACAAAGAUCAGUCCUGACGUAAGAUUUUAUUUUUGUACAAAGCAGAACUUGUGUGAUCUUGCUGGAUAUCUUUAAUUUACAGUCCAGUGUUUGAUCAACCCAGGACAAUCGGUGCUUUCUCUUAAAAUAGAUUUGUAAAUCCACCAAAUCUCAUAUUUUUGGGUUGGAUUCAAAUGACAUUCACAUGAGAAGGAUCAUUGGAAAGCAGUUCCCACACAUACAUGUGAACAAAUCCAACAAGGAAUACUGCAGGUUUUCAAUGCUCAGCUUAAUUUUAUAGAUUAAAAUGAUGAACAGACAAAUUUUUACUAAGAUUAUUUAAUGUUAUUUCUGGGUGACCAUUAUUAAAACAAAAUUCAUGCCAAAGCUCAUUACAUAAUAAAACUGGUGUAUAUUUGAAUAAAUAAACAGUGAAAUGCAUUUAUUUUAGCAAAAUUAACGAGGCCUUCACAGAAUAAAUUUGAAAAGAAACUUUAAUAAUAAAAUAUUAUGAUGAUCCAUGUGUCAAAAAGGAACAUUUUUAUAUUUAAGUGUUUUCCCUUGUUUGUUUUCUAUAUCCAUUCCAAUUAUGACCAUAACAUACCAAUAUCCCACAUUAUUGACUAGUCACAAUCAUCAGCACUUAUCUCAUGAAGCUUGGUAGUUGAACAAUUGUGCCAAAAUAUAAUAAAACUACAUAGUGACCGAGUCUAAAGGGGCAGAAUUAGUGGGUCAAAUAUCAAACACAUCAAAGUUUGUGUUCAAUAUGGGAGAUCUACAGAAAGUUUAGCGGCUGGGCUUGCAAGCCCCAGCAACCAGCUCCAUUUUCUGUAGAUAUACACAUUGACAACUAACAUAUACAUAGAUGGUAAAUGUAUAACACUUACGAAAUUAAUUCUCAAGUCUAAAGAAUGUUUUUUUUCUGCAUUUUUACAUACCUCCUUAAUCAACACUGUUUUUUCAUAGGGCUUUGACAUUUGCUUGUCUAUGAUAUGCUAAAAGAGCUUGCUUACAUCAGCAUCUAGUUACUGGUAUACUAGAUUAUGGUUGGCUUUAUUGCCUUGCUUAUUUCUGGAUUGUUCUGAUGAUGUGCAUCUCGUGAAAUAUGACAUAACAUUUUUAAGAUUACUUGAGAAACAAAGAUUUAACAUAAAAUGUUUCACAGAUUCGUCUUGUAUUAUGUUUUAAAUUCUGUGUACUGAUAUCUAACACAUGUAACUGUUUUCUAUAUCUUUUUAUAUUUAUUUAGUUAUUCUCAGGGCAAUACAUGUUGUCAUGUGGUUAAGUGGCAUGCUAGAUAAAAAGUUGCUAGUUUGCAUGUCAACUACAUUUUAUCCAUUAUCCAAUAUUUUAACCAUAAACCUUUUUCUACGAGUAUAUAUGAAAUACCUUAUGCAAAAUAGAUGACGUUUAAGCCAUCGUUGUAUUUAUGGUUUAUAACCUGCAUUUUAGCCUUUAUUAUUGAAAUGUUAAAUUAACAUUGUUAAUUAUAAGUACACAUCAAAAAAAAAAUAUAUGAACAAAAACUGAAAUAAAUUGUCUC